AUGUCGCUUCCGUGCACUCAAUGCACCUCGAACAAAGAGGUCUUAGAGCGCACCAUCGAUGCGUUAAACGUCGCAUAUUCCAUGUUUUUCUUUUUUUCAAAAGCGAUGCGAGAGUAUAGCGAGGCAUUUAUUGAAAAUCAAUUACUCCUGGCAACGACUGAAGCAUUGGAAUCUGCAUUGGAAGAUCAGGGGUUGUCAGAAGUUGGUCAGUCAAGUGUUACUACAUUAACAGGAGCUAGCGGUCCUGAUCAAGGUCCCGCUAUCGAGGAGGAUUCCCCCGUUGCCAAGCCUCAGUCAGAAUACCAUCCAUUUGUUGCUGCAGAGGAUCGUUGGUAUGCGGUUCUUGUGGGACGAGUUCCAGGCGUUUAUCGGGGAUCACACCAUAUUGGUCCAAAUGUUAACGGCAUUUCUGGGUUUGUAGUAAACCGCUAUAAAUCUGAGCAAGAGGCACAGAGUGCAUAUGAUGCGGGUUUAGAUGCAGGUCACGUUGUGGAGGUGAUCAUGGUUGAGACUAGGCGCGUCAUCACCCGGUCUACUCCUUAG